AUGACAAGGACAGAGGCAUUUGAGCACAUGAAGGAGGAAUACAAUGUGCAUUUGGAUCUGAAGAAAGUAAGUAAGGCUUUGAAAAAAGCAAAGGGGACCAUUGAAGGUUGUGAAAAGGAGCAAUAUGGAAGAUUAAGGGAAUAUUUGUCAGAACUAUUGAGGAGCAACCCUGGCUCCAGUUGCAAAUUGCAAGUCACCCCCCAACCUAUUCCACAAGCAUUGCCAAUAUUUGACAGAAUGUACAUCUGCCUUGAUGCUUGUAAGAAGGGAUUCAAAGCUGGAUGCAGGCCCUUAAUUGGGUUGGAUGGAUGCUUUCUGAAGGGCUAUUAUGGAGGUCAAUUAUUGAGUGCUGUGGGUGAAGAUGCAAACAAACAAUUUUAUGUGAUUGCAUAUGUCGUGGUUGAUAGUGAGACGAAGGACAAUUGGAAGUGGUUUCUGACAUUAUUACAGGAAGAUUUAGGGGACAAUGCAGUAUUUGGUUGGAACUUCAUCUCGGAUCAACAGAAGGGACUUGUCCCAGCCUUAAAGGAAAUUAUGCCAGGUUCACACCACAGGUUCUGUGUACAACAUGUAUGGAAGAACUUCAUCAAGCAAUGGAAGGAUAAAGAGACAAGAGGAAUUGUAUGGGAAUGUGCUAGAUGCACCAUUGUUCCCCAAUUUGAGAAGGUAAUGCAAAGGUUGAAGACUCUAAAUGAACCAGCUUGGAAGUAUCUUGACAAUAUACACCCUUCAGCAUGGGUUAAAGCCUAUUACAGUCACUGGCCUAAAUGUGACAACAUCACGAAUAAUAUGGCUGAGAAGAAGCUGGACCAGUUGAAGGUUGCAAGAAAUUCUUGGACACCAACAUGGACUGGAAACUUGGUCCAAGAUCUGUAUGAAGUUUCUGGAAAGGGUCAACGUGUUGGGGUGAAUUUAACUCAGCAAACUUGCAGCUGUAAUGUGUGGCAGCUGACUGGAUUGCCUUGUGAACAUGUCAUUGCUGCCAUUGCACACAAGAAUGAACCUGUGGAAAAUCAUGUUCACCAAUGGCUAACAGUGGAUGCUUUGCAUGCCACUUAUGAACACACUCUGAACCCAGUCAAUUCCCAACAAUAUUGGCCAACUUGUGAUGCCCCAAAACCACUUCCUCCACACUUGAAAAGGCCUAUUGGACGUCCAAAAAAGCAUCGCAAGAAGGAUCCAACUGAAGAGCUUAUGAAGACCAACAAGAAGCUUAAGAAGACUUACACAGUUCAAUGCUCCAAGUGUGGUCAGACUGGUCAUUAUGCCAAGACAUGUAAGGUACCUGCUGGUGGAUCAAAGAAAAAAACUAAACCGGUUAAUGUUGAAGUUGGCCAGUUAAGGUCAGUUGAAGAGAUCCUCAUCAGCAUGGGUCAGGGCCCUCCACCAGAGACAAGCAGCCAGCAUGCACCAAAUGCAGCUGAACCAAGAGCCAGCAGCCCACCACCAUGCAAUCCUGCUGAGGCAGUGACCAGUGAGACAGCAGCUGCAGCUAGCAGUGGCACCAGAGCCAGAUUCAUGAGCUUCAUGACUACACCAGGACUCAGGCCACCUAGGCCAGCCCCACAUAGCUGA